AACAUAAUCAAUUUUUCUUUCGAACAGGAUUUCCGGACUUGCAGAUCUAAAUCGUCAACACUAGUUUCUUAAUAUUCAUUGUAUUUGUUUAUGUUAAAUUUUCAGGCUUCCGGUUUGAGUUUUGAAAAUUUGCUUGCUCUUCCCAAAAGUUUCUUUCUGUUUUCUUAUUCUUUUCCAAUUAAACUAACGCCUGGUGAGAGGAAUCCGUAAGUGGCCUCGGCUAGGCUCAAUGCAAUUUGCAUGUGUUUCAUUUCAUCGUACCGCGUGUACAUUAUCGAACGCAGUACUAGUAAACUAACCAAAUACUUGACUAUAUAGUCAGACAAAUUAAUAAUAGUGACUAGUGUCUAGUGAGACAAAAUGUCUGUCGUUGAUAUUCUUUCUGGUGUUGGUUCGUUGUGUGAACUCGGGCUGAAGAUCUAUGAAGCUGCACAGCAGGUUAAAAGUUUCAAAUCUCAGAGCAAAACACUAUCGAAAAGAGUUCAAAUUAUCCUCAUUCCCGUGAAAGCGCUCCAGAAAGAAGCAGAAUCCAAGAACGUUAUUCUUCCGGAGUUGGACCCGACGCGCCCCGAUGGUGUUGGCUACGAUUACCACGAAGGCCCGAUGAUGUAUAUCCGGCCUCUCAAAGAGUUGCAGGAUUGUAUGACAAACAUUGAAAUCUUUCUCUUGAAGUUGGGGGGUAAAACAUGGUUGGACAAGUUUGUGCACAAGCAGAAAAUCCAGGAUAAUUUUGAUAGUUACAAUGACCAGCUGACAACCUUACAACAGAGUCUUGGUUUCUCACUUCAGGCUGCAUUCCCCAAAAUCAUCAACGCAGACAUGCGGAAACAACUCAGUGAUGCUUUCGACAAGGAUAAGAUGGAGAAGCAGAAGAUAGAAGACUUGGAGGAAGACUUGAAGAGCAUAAAAGCAGACUUGGAAGAUCUCAAGCAGUCCGAGAAGGAUCAGAGCCAAGACAUCGAUGACAUCAAAGGGAAUCUCAAACUCAUAUAUGAAGCUAUAAAGACAGAGUUUGAGCGUCUGAACAAAGACAUACAGUUCAUAGAACAACUCGCAGGUUGCGAGAAGUAUGCCAGCGAAUUAAGCAUGAACUACACUGAAUUUACGGACCUAGAGACUUUGGAAGAAGGAACCUAUGGACCUAUCAUCAAGACGAAACACAAGUUCGAAGACAAGAUGCUGGUCAUCAAAGCCUUUGAAGACAAGGAAUUAUCUACCAAGAAAGAGCUAAAAGAACAAUUGAACCUAUGGAAGAACCUGCGCUUCUCAUCGUAUAUAGUUCAACUCUAUGGAUACACUAUGGAUUAUGAAAGUCGUAUGUGCUUUGUGGUCGAGUACAUGUCCCACGGAACCCUCCGCAGUGUUCUCCAAGACAAGGAAAAUCAUCCGUUGCCAUGGGAACAGAGAAUCGUACUUGCCAGAGAUUGUGCUCAGGGGCUCCAUGCAAUCCACUUUGGCCAGGGAACGAAGAUCAUGCUUCAUAGAGCAGUGACGUCUACUAGGUUUCUAGUGGACGGUCGCUACAGAGCAAAGAUCUCUGAUAAUGGCUUUGUGAAGUCAGCAUCUAAGAUUAGUAAGAGUAAGUCGACGAUGUCGUCGGGAGGCCGUGGGUCAGUCGAGCAAGAUGAAAUGAACUACCUGUGUCCCGAGGAAACGAGCACCAGUUUCAAACGCAGCAUAAAGAGUGAGGUUUACAAGUUUGGAGUGAUCUUGUAUGAGAUUGCAUCGAGGAUGCGACCAUUUGAGGCCACAGAACUCAAAGAGGGGGUCUUGACACCGCUUCAGAAGCACAACAAGAUCAAGGAUGGCAUAGUAGAAGAUCCUCCGACUGACACGCCGGGUCCUUUCAAAGAUCUGAUUCUUCUCUGUCGGCACAGUUAUCCCAAUAAACGACCAGCCACUGAUGCUGUUGUUGCCCACCUGUGUAAGAUGUGCUAGACCAGAGCUUGCCUGCAUCUGCUGUAAAAUGCUUCUCUACUUUGCGGGGAAAAGACCUUCAGUGACCCGAGAAGUCUCUGUUCUCAGUUUUAUACCAGCUUGUAUCAUUGAGGAGGAGAAACAGGAGCAGGAGGGGGGAGGAGCAGCGGGAGUAGAAUGAUUGAUGAAGGGGAGGGGGAAAUAAGUUAUGAUGGUGGUUUAUUUUGAAAGUGGUAUGUACAUACAUUGUGAUAUUACGAAUGUAAUGGUAGUGGUGAUGAUGAUUUAUAUGAUAAUGAUGAUAGUGAUGAUGAUGAUUGGUGAUGAUGGUGAUGAUAAGGAUGAAGAUAAUGAUGUGAUAUUUAUGAUGGUGGGGAUGAUGAGGAUGAUGACGAUGAUGACGAUGAUGAUGAUGAUGUUGAUGAUGAUGACGACGACGACGAUGAGGAGGAGUAGGAAGAUAAUGACGUUGUGAUGAUGAUGAUGAGGAUGAUGAUGGAGAUAAUCAAGUAAUAUGAAAUCAUGAACACAAUCAUUAAGAAGAAUAAGAGCAUUUUGAUGACGGUUGUUCAAUGAACUUAUCAUGAAGACCAUGCAAAUAAAAAGCAGUGCCAAUUAUUUUGAUUAUGCUUGUGAAUUGGCGGUUGCACUGCUACAAAUUUUGACACUUAGUACCUUCUGCAAACAAUCAAACUCCUUUUUAUAACUUGUGUUUUGUUCUUUACGCUUAUAUUUUGUUUCUUUAAAGGAGAAUGAAACUCUUGGAGCAAGUUAGCUUUUGUGAAAGCAGAAAAAUCAAAGAAUAAGAUCAACAAAAGUUUGAGUAAAAUAGGACUAGGAAUAGAAGAGUUAUGAGCAUUUGAAUUUCGAGAUCACUAAUGCUAUGGAGAUCCUCCCAUUGGCAAUGCGACCAAGAUCUAUGAUGUCACAGAUGAACAACUCUCCCCUUUUGGACACUCUGAAAAUAUACCCCAAAACAUCUCUUUUUGCUAUUCUAAUCAUAUGACAAAUGAUUCAUCAAUGAUAUAAUGUUGUGAAACCUCUGUACUUGUCCUCUCAUAAAGAGAACACCUCACCUUGUGAUAGACUCUAUAAAAGUGAGAAUAUAAGUGAAAUAAGUACUAAAGUAAUGAGGGAGUUGUACGUGUGUGAUAUCACAGAUCUUGGUCGCAUUGCCAAUGGGAGGAUCUACAUGGCAUUAGUGAUCUCAAUAUUCAAAUGCUCAUAACUUUCUUAUUAUUCAUUCAAUCUUCCUCAAACUUUCAACAAUAUGUUUCUUUUAUUUUUCUCUUUGAUAUGGAUUCAGCUGGUUUCAAGGGUUUCAUUCUCCUUUAAAAAUCAACUUGAAUAGUACUUGUCACUCCGACCUUGCCUGUGAUUAAGAAUCGGUGACCAGUUUCAUAAAACUUGUUACAAUAAUAAAUUUGCAAUAAUAGUUACAAGCUACUGAAACCAUUCAAUUUGAUUGGCUGAUAGUGAACUUGUUACAGAAAUGGUGCAUUUGUUAUUAUAACAAGUCUUAAUGGAAAAGGACCGGAUUGUAAAAAUCGUCCAUCUUUAUAGUGAUACAGUAUUUUUAACAAGGCUGUGUCAUUCCACCUGUGCUUUGAUUCCAUUCCAUGUAAAUUGAACAUUGUUGCUAUUUAUGAUACGUAUUUCAUAUUCAUUUGAAUCGUGCUUUAAUUAUUUAAUAUUUAUGGUAAUAAGCUUUUGAUUUUGAAUGAUCUUCCAAUAUCUUCCUUUGUCAUUACAUGUAUUUAUAUCUUUAAAAACAUCAUUAUAAUAAAAUGUUCUUUAAUGAGAAGUAUUGUGCCUUUAUAUAUUUUUUCAAUAAAGUUAUUAACUUUAUUGAAAAAAUAUAUAAAGUAUAUGCCUUUUUUCUCUUGAAUGUAAUGACAAUGAUAUGUUUUCCAUGAUGUUAUCCUCUUUUAUUACAAGUAUUUUUACCAGGGUAGGAAGUAAUCUUUAUUUUUCUAGGGGUGUUUUUUUCCACUUUCGGGUGUUGCAGACUAUGGGGGACUAAUUCUUUCAUUUCAAGGGCUGUUUUUUCUGUGCAAAAUGCAAUUAUAAUGUAAAAAGCAUUUGAAUAUUAUAUAUUCUAGUGUUUGUGGCAGAUGAUCUUAGGGUGACUUUAGGAAAGGUGGUUGCCCCAAAGCACACAAUUUGGGGAAAUUUAAGGGUAAUUCAGGUUGUCAUGAGGGCAAAAUCACCCAAGCCCACACGCAUUUCCUUAGCUGAUAUUUAUCUUUAUUUAAAAACAUCAUCAUUAUAAAAUGUACUUUGAUGAGAAAUGUUUCAAAUAUUAUGCCCAAGAUAUCUAUAUUGUUUUAUUAGAAGUGUAUGUAUUGUUUCACGUCAAUAUCAUGACCGCAACCUUUUUUUUCAUAUUUUGAGUUGUUAUUAUCAUUUGUGUACCAGAUAAUUAAGUUGGGGCUGUUCCUGAGAUACUGUACAUAUGAUACGUAUAUCUGAUUGUGAGAUUUUCAAGUGUUUUAUAGCAGAUUAAAGUGCCACAGAAGCUAUUUUAUGAAAUGUUACCGGCAUGAUAAAAUCAACAAUUUUUUGGAGUGGAUAUAAAGCUCUAAAGACAUCGAUAGGGGUAGUCUGCCCUUAUUGGGUAGACUACCUUAAGGGCAUUUUCACGAGUAGAUAUAAAGCUGAUAUUUAUAACCCCAUCCCCGUUACCCCCUUCCCCCCCCCCCCUUGUCUGCCUCCCAUGCUGGACGCACUUGUCAUACAUGUUUGAUAAUAAUUUGUAGAUGAAUGCCACAGACAAGAACUAUAUGAUACCAAAGAAUAUACAUGUAUGAUCCACUUGCAUACAAAAAAUCAGGACCAAGAGAAGCAAGGAGAAAAGGGAAGGAAAAGGGGCAGAAUAUUUUAUUUUCUGAAUGUUAUGUAAAAAUAUAUCACAAAAUUGAAAAGGUCAAAAUUUGUGCUCACUCGCUUCGCUUGCUUGCAGCUUUUAAAAUUUUUGCCCCAUAUGCCAUGUCUGGCCCCCUCAAAAAUUGUGUGCUCAUUACACCUUUAGUAUGAUUUAUUGAAGAACUUGGCUUACAUACUUUGAUGUAUGUUGUAUUUAAUAUAGGGAUUUAAAAAAAUCUCCAGGAAAAAAAAAUUGUGAAGGUAGAUUUAAGAUAUGUGACUGUAAAAGAUUAUUGUAACAGAUGUUAGUAUCCAGGGAUGUAUGAAAUAGAAUUGGGAUUUGGUGUUUCAGUCACUUUAGUUUUACUUUUAUGAAGCAUUAAAUAAUGAUUUUCGGGUGCAGUUGAGGGCUUCACUUUUACAGCAUAUCACCGACACAGUUGGCAAAUAUGCACAUCCUGGCCAGUAUGCAAAUGAGGGAACUUAUCAUAUCAUCCACUCACUAUUUCUUUUUAUUCUUUUGAUUUUCUCUAUAUAUUCAAAUAAACAUUUUUUGGGGUGGACUUGACCUUUAAAAGUCAAAUCAACAGUUGACCAUUGCCUGAAAGAAAGUUUUAAGUCCGUCUAAUUUCUUUGAUGAAACUUAAUUUCUGCUAACCCAAUGUAAUAGUAAUUACAUGGUUCUUAUAAAGCACAUGAUAUUCAUAAUCUCUUUGUACUUCAUGAAUUAAUAAAUAAUAAUAAAUUGCAUAGUAUGCGUGCAAAUACUUAUAUGGUCUUGUUAGUACUUGUACAAGUCUUUACUAAUACCAUGUGAGUAUAAUGCUGUACAUUGUAAUGAUUAAGGCAUGUAUAUGUAAUUUGAAAUUUUCCACAUUGUGCAUCACAAUCCAGUUUUAAAUACUCGGUAGUUUUAUUACAAAUGUGAAAAAUGAUCAGUUGGCAGAUCCAUUGUAUCCUUAUUGAUUAUACCAAAUACCUGUUAUAUAAAUCUGUGCUAUCAUACAUGUACUAUUAAUGUCAAAGUUUUGCCUUUUCAUGUCUACAAUAUAGUUUUCAAAAAGAUUCUGGAACCUCUUUGAUAUUGAAGAAAAUCUAUUUAUUACCGUGAUUUUGGCAUCUUUAUGGUUUGUAUUUUGUUUUGUUUUAUGACUUUGUUUUUAUGGUGUGAAUUACUUUUUGCAAUAAAACAUACUGGUAUAUAUUUUUAGGGAUAUUUAGGUCACAUGAUUGUCUGCAAAUUGGCAAUAAGAAAUAUUCUCUUGGUUCCAUUUACCUCUAUAUUAGUCCGAGUCUUUUCACCUCGAGUAGAUUCAUUGAUAAUGUAAUGUUUUUCCUAUUCCAGUACUUCAUACAGGGUAGAAUAUAUUCAAGUCUUGUGUCCCUUUUGGUCGAAUAAAAUUUGACUAAAAAAUGGAAGUUAUUUGAGGAGACAGAUUAUGCAUGUUUGCCUUUAAUUUGGCCCUUUAACUUAUUCAAUUUGAUUAUUCAAAAAGAAAUGUAUAAACUAGUCAAUGACAAACCAUGUAAACUAAAUAAAAAUCAAUUGUAAUAUUGUUUGUAUCACUGUGUGCAUGUUACAGUGCACUGUUCCAAGCAAAAUAUUCAUGCAUUAUUUGUGAGUAUAUUAAUGAGAUAUAUCAGCCAGUACUCUAUACUAAUAUAAAAAUUUAUCAGACAACGAGUCUAUGCAUUUUAAUUGAUCAUGAAUUCUAGGUAAGAUGUGUGUGAUGGUGGAAAUAUACCAAAGGAUACUGAGAUCUAUAUAGUUUCCACAAAAAGUGUGAUUUAUCCAGUAAUCUUGAACAAUAUUGGUCAGUUCCGAAUCUUUUACCUAUCAUCAUUAGGCCUGUACUAAUUAUGAUUUAAAUUGAAUAUCUGAUUAGAAUAUAUCUGUAGCAUUGCCUUGAUUCUGUGAGCACAAUGUUUUACACAGCAUAUACAGUACAGUGUAUGCUUUUUUUCGUAGUUGUACAUGCUACUUUUAUAUUUAUGAUCACGGGAAAUUCAAAUUUGUUCUGUAAAAGAACUGUAAUUUGUAUGAAUUGUGAAUUAAAUGAUGCUUAUUGUGCACUAUGUUUUCAAAGUUCAAUUUUAAAAUCAAUACCAUCAUGCAAAUUUGUGAAACAAAACUGACUAAAAUGCAAUGUAUAUUUAUAUAGAAAAAUAAGGAUAAAUACCAAAAAUAAUUAUUGAAAGAUGUGCAUUAGCAUGCAUACCAAAUGAGUCUAAUAAAAUGGUGAUCAUGAUUUCCAAAUA